UCUUCCGCUUUUCCAACCCUCAAACUUGCUGAACGUUGGCAGGCUUGUUUGUUUUGCUGCGCACCCCGCCCCGCGCUUCGGCCCCGCCCACUAAUGGCUGUCAAGCAAGAGUCAAGUGUUAAGAAAAAAAUGCAUUUAUUCAAAUUAAAAAAUGUCUGAGGAAUUUCUCGGUAUUGAUCGAAUACAUCUGUGAAAAGUGUAAAUCUCUUGACAAUAAGUUUAUUAUAUUCGAAGUUUGUGUAAAUAUGAGCUAGUGGAUUAGUGAAUUCAAAUAAUUAUAAAAUCUUAUAGGUGCAACGCUGGGAUGUGCUUCAGCGAGCUUUGAGUGUGCGGUGCGAGGCAGGAGCUCCAAUGCAUUUCUGGAUAGACAAACGCAGCCAGUGCUACACCGGCCGCCACCGCGUGCCCUCAUCUUUGUCAGCUGGUAGGGGUGGGGGUCGCGUGUGCGUGGGCGCGCGCAAGGGCAUGGCGGCGCCCGUGCACCGCUUCGCGGCCGUCGACUGCCCGCCGCGCCGCCCGCCGCGCACCCACCGACACUAUGGGCCCCCACCAAUGCCGCCGGUGCACACAAGCCGGCGUCAAAACGACGAGCCAAGCCUCUACGUCGAAAUACCCCCUGAACCCCCUCAACCAACCAUCGCAAGCCUAGCAGCCGCUAGAAGCGUGACCCCAGACACCCUACUAAGGACCGCAGCCCUAGGGCUCCACCACUCGCCGAUGAUGGCCCCGCAUUUGAAGUUUGGGAUGCUGGUGUCGUUCGCGCUUGCUACGGUGUUCUUAGCUGGUGCUAAGUACUAUUUCGACCGGCAGGUGGCACGCGACAGCUCGGCCGGCGCGGAAGUGAACGUGGUGGUGGCCGCCGUGUCCAUGGCGUGCGUGUGCGGCGUGGGCUGCGCGCUGUCCAUGUGCCGCGCCAAGCCCGCGCCGCUCGCGCCGCCCGACCGCGUCUCCUCCACCGCGCGCCGCGCCGCCCGCGCCGCCCAAGCCGCGCCGCCGCCGCGAGAGGAGCCCUCGCCGCCGACCGAAUCCGGCGACGAGCUCUCCCUCAGUGCUCUCCUGGAGCGCUCAGGGUCCGAGCGGAACCGCUCAACCUCCCGCUCACCGGCACCCGAGGCUCCUCCUCCCUACCACAUCGCCGUGCUCCUCCCCCCGCGCUCGCCGCCUCCGCCGGCUUACAGCGCGCUCAGGUAGCUAGAGCAUCUCACCGGCACCGAGUACAUCAUAUAGGUGAGCCCUGACAGAUCCAGUUGUUGGAGCCGUUUCGAGCUGUGAUUGUUAUUCGUACCACUCCUGGAUGUAGAGGCAAGGUCGAAGACAAAAGGAAUUGGGUGUCUGACUUUCUAGUGAUAACAUGGCUUGGCAUAACUCAAUGUUAUUAUUUACCUUAAUACUGAUAUGAGUUGGUUUAUAAAAGAAAACAGAUCGAAACGGUUUUACUGAAUCACUAGUCUUGAUUUUAAACUAAUCUAAGUAAUACACUCAGAUCUACUCCAAAAGACAAAACGAAAUUUUACUGUCCUCACUCGUCCUCCGUUAUAGUAAGAAGAGAAUGAGAGUAAUAAAAAGAUUGAAUAUUUAUAUUCACCUUUUAAGACGAUCUUUUAUUAUUUGGAUUGUCACUGUUACGAAAUUUAACAAAAAACUGGAUACCCAACUUGCAAUUUUGCUGUUACCAUCUUUAUCUGGAUCUGUAAAUUAAAAUGAACAACAAGGGCUCAACUAUGUGUUGUAAACAAGUGGUGUCGUGUGAAAUGUGAAUUGUCACACGAUAUUGUACCUAAUUUAAGUAAGGGGUACCAAACGGUACCGUGAAAGCCAAAUUAAUGAGCUUAGUCGGGCAAAUACUCGAUAUAAAAUAUUGCGAUUGCAAGAAAUGAACGACGAGUGUCUGGAAAAUCUAAGAAGAUAACUUUAAACAAAUUCCUAUUCUAUAUAGGAUAUUUUUACAAUAAAAGAACCAAGGGCAUACGAUAUUUAAAAUUGUAGAAAUAAAAUUAAAAAUUGGCAAAGAUAAUUCAAGAUCUUAUCUACCUAAUGUUGAAGGGAGUCUUCUCACGACUGUACAUACUAUAGGUCCGGAUACUAGUAUCUCAAGUAAGUACUUAUAAUUUAUUAGAUAUAUUCUAUCAGUCCAGUCCCUUUUCGCACUCCCGUAUCCGAUCAGUCGUGAAGGAAGCAUAGUGAUAAAAUAAAUCACUGAAUGUCUUAUAAGAAUCUCAGUCUUACCAAAUCGAUGUUAAUGUAAACACAGGGUGCAUAAGUACUGCACGUAUACCUUAUUUUUGGAGAAACAUUGUAACAGUGGUUCGAUAUUCCCAGAUUCAACUUAUUCAAAUAAUCUAAAAUAUGUACUUUGUUAUCUUUUCUUAAUUUUCAUCCUAAAAUAAGGUAUAGGUAUACUGAUAUAUGGAAAGUUUAAUAUUUUCUGCUUCUGCUAGACUAAACUAAGCACGCACACUAUCAGAGCAUUUAUUUGGCGCUCUCUGCUUUGGCCAGCAGCAGAUUUUUGCUAUUUUAAUAAAUUCUACUUAAUUAUUGCACAAAAUGAAGGACCCCGAGUAAUCUUUAAUAAGCAAGUGUACGUAUUUAUUAUAUUAAAUCAGUGUUACCACUUCUAUUAAUAAGGGAAAUAAUCCCGAACAUAAAUCAUUUCAAUGGUCUGACGAAAUUUUAGAUGUUCACGGUAGCCCCCAAGUUCCUAAACUAUGAAUCUUUUAAAUAAUGGUUGUGUAGUAAAUAAAUUAACUCAAAAAACAAUUUCACGACUCAAUUGUUUUGGUCAUAAAAGUCAUAAUGUGAAACCAUCAUUCUUAAAGUAAAAAUUUAUGAAAAUCAUAUUAAGAAGUGGUGAUACAGAUUGUUUGUGUGAUUUUGACAAUGGUGAAUUAUCUUUAAGGAUGUGGAGUCCAAAGUUGUGUUGUUAAUUAAAUAAAGAGAUGUCGAAAGAAAAGGCUAACACGCGUUUAAGGGAAAUAAGAAAUUGUUAAUAGUUGUAUGCUCUUUUGUAUAACUGAUGGAUGCUGGAAGUUUUAGGUUCUAAAUUCGUAAAAGCGCUUUAAGAGUAGGUACCUUAAUAUUUUCAAAACGGUGUUGCCUACUCUGCUCUACUGCUAUCUAUCAGUGUCUGAGUUGACAGGCUCUUUAAACCAAACAAAACCGUUCGUUACACGACUCAUAUUGGACGUUAAUGGCGUUGUUAAAACACUCAAAUAAACCCGAAUCGAAUAAUAGGGGUCGCAUUGGGGUCGUUGUUUAAAAAAGUUUGACAACCACUUAUACCCAAAUUUUUUAACGCUUUUAUUUUAGGUAGUUUUCUUUAAGUAAGAAUCAUUCUUCUUCCUCGCGUUAUCCCGGCGUUGCCUCGGCUCAGGUGCCUGAGGGCUCUGGGGUCCGCUUGGCAACUAAUCCCAAGAAAGUCUGAAUCGUUCUUAUCCAUCAGUUAUUAUGCUUUAGAUGCUACGCGGUGUUAUGAAAGUGUUAUUCAUUUAUGUAAUCUGUAAUCAAUUUUCAAUGAGAAUUGCAGAAGAUAUGUAUAUAAGUAUUGUAGAAUGGUGUUCAUCGAGAAUGUUUUAAAUAAAUUAUAAAAAACGUAAUUACCUAGUUUUAUAAUAAAAUUUGUAUUUUAUGCGGAGAGCAUAAUUUUAAAAACCCCAUAAAUAAGUGUUAUAGGAUAGUCUGUGUAUAGAAUUCGUUCCAUGUAUGUAAACAAUGAACAUACUUAGGUAUAGGUUAGGCGACUGGGCCCUAUUUCAUAACGUGCAAACAAGUGACAAAUAGUCAAAUUUUUGAUUUUUUUUUUCAUUUUAUGAAAUGGGGAAAUGAAGUUGCUCUUAACGGAGUACAUAAAUAACUCAGUUGUAAACAUUUGAAAUGAGAUAUACCAGAUAUAGAUAUUACAGAAGAGUAUAGAUUAGCUUCAUAUGUAGAGUUAAACCAAGCAGUGGCGUAGCUAGCUAGCAGCACUGCGUGGGCGAAGUGGGCGGUCGCCCGCGGCCUCGCGCCCCAAGGGGGGCCUCGCGCGAGGCCCCUUCGGGCACAGUGAAAGAAAAGGGCCUAGCAGAUGUGUAGAACACGUGCACAGUCUGUGCUAUCAAAAUCGCUGUCAAUUUCGCUUGGUCUAACUCUAGUAAGAUAUCAAAAUGUGUUCCAACGUAACAGUCACCUAAAUGUUGUUGCAAAACAAACAUUCUUUACCUUUUCUUCACGAUCUACUAAUCUAAUUGCAAUUUCAAACCCACAACUGGGUUGUUUACCUCAAUACGAAGAUUCAGUCUAACAUCGUCUUACCUUUCCUUCUUUCGACAAUCAGCGCAAAAUAUAUUCCUGAUAAACAUAUACAAAAAUAAAUAUACAUAUACCUAUGUUUCCCUGAUCAAAGCUUGGCAAUGAAAAAACGAUGAAGGUAAGUCGAUGUUACUCUGGAUCAAAGAUUAUAAUGUAUAUUAUGGUCCAAAUACAUUGGAAUGUAAAUAUUAUUUCGGUAUGUUAAGGUGAGGUUAAACGAAAUGAGAUUGAGGUGAAAGUAAUGUCUUUGGAUAGCCAGAAUACAUUUAUCAGUAAAUGUAAUGCAUGUUGUUCCUUACUAACUUUUGUUAGAUCAAUUUAAAAAAAAAACGGAAUUUUACCAUUUAACUUAAUAGUUUUAGUCUAUUUUUUAUGCUUCAGAAUUUAUUAUUUGUUUGAUUUGAAAUUAGCUAGGAGCUAAUAAUAGUGAUUGACAAAGUUGUGAUAUUAUUUUAGUUAUUUAUUUAUUUGCUAGCAGUGGCCAAUAUCACAAAACUUACAUCGACCAAAUUAUCAUUCAAAAUAUUGACUCUGUGAGCUGUAGACGCCACGAACCCCCAAACUGAGUCGACAAAGAAAAUCUCACGUUUGCGAGGCCCUUUUUCAAUAUGUUUU